AUGCUUCAUCAAAUACUAAAUAAAUUACAUUUACCAAAUAUACCCAAUAAAAUAACGAGAAUAAUAAUCAUUGGUUUAUUUACAUUUACUAUAUUCAAUAUAAUUUACUUCUUUCAUAGAUCAUCAUCAUCAUCCUUACUAAGUUCAUCUUCAAAAUUAAUAUUAAAUAAGUUAUCCUAUUUCAAACAAUUUAAAGAUUAUUCGUCAAAACUAAAAGAUGAUGAACAGUAUUCAUUGAUUGGUUAUCAUCAUGAUUCAAAUACUGAUUUAGUUGUCGUUCAAAAAUAUUAUUAUUCAAAAAAUAUUCAUAAUGACCCCGCUGAACAUUUUUGGAAUUUUCUUGAUUCAAAUUUUGAUACAAAAUCAAAUUAUGAUUUAAAAUUGAUUGAUGGUUAUAAUUAUAAUAAAUUAUUAAAUUCAAUUUUUGAAGAAAAUGCAUUACAAUUAAAUCAUUCAUUUGUUGAUAAAUAUAAAAUGGAAAUGCAUUUUAUACAAAGUUUUCAAGAAUUUUUUAAAACAUUAUUUGAUUUAAUUGAAGAUUCAAAACCAGUUCUUGGUGGGAUAAAUGACGAUAGUCAUUACCCAAAUAGCCAAAAACUAGAAGACUAUUACAAGAAGCUAAAUGAUUUAUCUGAUGAACAAAUGAAAAAAGUGCGCAUUGAUAGCGUUGUCCAUAAAAAAGGUAGAAUUCCUGUUUAUGGUGGUCAUUUCAGAGAAAAUUACUUAGAUGAGCCAAUAAGAUCAAAAGAAUUAUUAAAUAUGUAUUUAACUUUGAAUAAAUUUGAAAUUGAUACUUUGAAACAAAGUCAUGAUAAAUUUUUAUCUGGAAUGAUGAAUGAGUGGCCUGAAGAUUUAUUUAAAUUUAAUAAAUUUAAUAAUUUUAUGAAAGGUGAUGGUAUUGUUUAUCUUGCAGGUGAAAAGUAUAAUCAAUUGGCAUUUUUAUCUAUAAAAGUAUUAAGAGAUAAUGGUUCCAAAUUACCUGUUGAAGUUAUUAUUCCAAAACAAGAAGAUUAUGAUGUUCAAUUUUGUGAUAGAAUUUUACCAACUUUAAAUGCUAGAUGUAAAAUUAUGGCUGAUUAUUUACCUCAUGGAAUUAUGGAUAAAAUUACUGGAUUCCAAUAUAAAAAUAUUGCAAUUUUGAUAUCUGAUUUUGAAAGAAUUUUAUAUUUAGAUGCUGAUAAUAUUCCAAUUAAAAAUCCCGAUGUUUUAUUUUCAAAUAAACCAUUUACAAAUAAACAUUUGAUUUUGUGGCCUGAUUUUUGGAGAAGAUCAACAAGUCCACAUUAUUAUGAUAUUGCAGGAAUUCCAAUAGAUGUUAAUCAUAAAAUGAGAAAUUCGUAUGUUAAAGGUGAUAAAAGAGGUCAAAAAACUGACACCAAAGAUUAUUCAUUACAUGAUUGUAAAAAUUCAAUACCAGAAGCAAGUUCAGAAACUGGUCAACUAUUAAUAAAUAAAAAAGUCCAUUUUAAAACACUAAUUUUAACAAUGUAUUAUAAUUAUUUUGGUCCGAAUUUUUAUUAUCCAUUAUUUUCACAAGGUGCAGCUGGUGAAGGUGAUAAAGAAACCUUUAUUGCAGCUGCUCAUAAAUUGAAUUUGCCAUAUUAUCAAGUAAAUGAAUUUAAUAGAGAAUUUGGUCCAAUAAAUGAUCAUUCAAAAAAACAUGAUAUUUAUGCAAUGGGUCAAUAUGAUCCAAUUAUAGAUUAUAUUCAAUUGAAUGAAGAUCCAGAUCUAAAAACAAAUAAAAAUUAUCCAUCUGAUUUACCUCCAAAAUAUGCUCAUCAUGAUGGUGAUGAUUCUUAUUCAAAUUAUGAUUUUCAUUCGUUCAAAUCAAGUUCAUUAUUUUUUCUACAUGCAAAUUGGCCAAAAUAUUAUUUAGAGAGAUUAUUUUUACAUAAUUAUGGUGAUGAUAGAGGUACAGUUACUAAUAGUGGUAAUAAAAGAAGAUUAUAUGGUAAUGAAUUGAAAAAUGAAUUGGGUGGCUAUGAUUUUGAAUUAAAUUUAAUGAAUCAUUUACAUUGGUGUUUUUGUGAUGAACCUUUAAUUAAUAUUAAACAUGUACCUGAUAUAAAUGAUCCAAAAAGAAAAGAAAUUUGUAAUAAAAUUGAUGAUCAUAGAAAUUAUUUACAAAAUAAAUAA